AAGAAUCGGAGAGGAUGGCGUCUGGUCUGAUCGAUUUCGGGGUCGGAAGAAUCCUUAGUGUUCUUGAAAACGAAGUGUUGCAGCAAACAGGAUUCAGCGACGAGAUCGAUGCGAUGAAGCAGAAGCUGAGGUUCAUGAAGUCGUUCCUCGAGCAGCACGGGAACACGAGCAGCCACGGCGACAAAGUCUUCGCAACCUUUGUGAAGGAAACCAGGGUCUUAGCCUACAAAAUCGAAAGCAUUAUCGACGAGUUCUCCUACCACGUGAACCGCCGCCGCGGCCAGUCAUGGCUUAAACGCGCCGCUCACUACCCCAUGUACCUGCAAAAGAGGCGCUCCAUAGCCUGCCAGCUCCAAGCAGUGAAGCAAGACAUUCAGGGUCUGUCUGAAUCGAUGAGCACGUUCCGUCCCGAAACCUCUCAAGGAACGGUACCUCCUCCUGCUGCAGAUGGCGGUGAUAAGAACUGGGUCAAGAAUCUGCAGGAGUCGUCCUUCUUCCUUAAGGAUGACAGUCUUGUGGGCGUAGACGAGGCCAAGGAGGAACUGACAGGGUGGCUUCUAGAUCCGGAUUCUCAGAGGAUUGUUGUGACGGUGGUUGGGAUGAGCGGCUCGGGAAAGACCUCUCUUGCUGGUAAUAUAUUCAGAUCUCGCCAUGUUCGAAAGCACUUUGAUUCGUAUGCUUGGGUGACGAUAUCUCAAUCCUACAGUAUAAACAAUGUCUUAAGCACCAUGAUCAAGGAAUUCACAAAGGAAACGGGUUUGCAAAGGGGAACGGACUUUUCCUCCAUGGAGUACAGAGACUUGGUGGAAAUACUUGUUAACUAUCUGCAGGAUAAGAGAUAUUUCCUUGUGUUUGACGAUGUGUGGAGCAUAGAGUUUUGGAAGCUGAUUUGUGUAGCUCUUCCCGACGGUAUUCACGGAAGUCGUUUGAUGAUUAUUACUCGUGACGAAAGAGUGGCAAAUUUUUCAUAUGGGUUAGAAAGUCGUGUCCAUCCUGUUCAACCCCUUAGUGCGGAUAAGGCUUGGGAGCUUUUCUGCAACAAAGCUUUUCCAAGAAAUCGUGAACAAAGCAUAUCACCAAAUAUAGAACUUAUAGCAAGAAAUUUGGUUCAUAAGUCCAGAGGCCUACCGUUAGCUAUUGUAACUCUAGGUAGCAUGAUGUCAACAAGAAGAUCAGAAUCAGAGUGGAGGAAAGUUGAAAAUAGGUUGAAUUGGGAACUGAGUAACAAUCCCGAGUUGAAGGAUAUUCACCGUAUCUUACAUGUUAGUUUCAGUGAUUUGCCAUACCCACUUAAACAUUGCUUCUUGUUCAGCAGCAUUUUCCCCGAAGAUGACAAAAUCGAAGGUAAGAGUCUGAUAAGAAUGUGGAUGGCACAAGGUUUUGUUGAUUCGCGCAGAGGAGUAGAACUAGAGGAAGUGGCAGAUGGUUACCUCAUGGAGCUUGUUUAUCGAAAUUUGCUUCAAGUCGUAUCACGUAACAUCCACGGGCGGCCUAAGGCAUUCAAAAUGCAUGAUAUGGUUAGGGAGGUUGCUUUGAUUAUGUCUAAAGAAGAGUCAUUAUCUCUAUUUUCAAUGGAUGGAGAACUCUUACCAAUAGAUGCGUUAUCACAUACUACAAAAAUCGAGAAGCUUCAGCUCGCCGGUAAGCUUGAAAGAUUGCCCAGCUGGUUCAAGACUCUUCACAAACUUACUCGGCUAAGUUUGGGUGCAUCUAGUUUGGGAGAAGAUGCAAUGUCUUGCAUCGGAGGAAUCCCUAAUUUGGUCAAGCUUUCCAUUUACAACAAUGCAUACGAGGGGGAUAGGUUAUGCUUUCAAGAAGGAUUUCCAUGUCUGAAAGUGUUAGAGGUAACUAGGAUGCGGUAUUUGGAAGAUAUUGUCAUAGCGAAAGGCGCAAUGCCGCAUCUGCAGAAGCUGAAGAUCGGGUAUUGCAGAGGGGUAAAGAGAGUGCCCGAUGGCAUUGAAAGCCUUACCAAACUUGAAAAACUAUCUCUAUCUCAAGCUUCAGACGAGCUACUGGAGAGAAUCCGCGGAGAGAAUGGCAUAGACCGCUCAAAGGUAAACCACAUUCCAAUCAUAAAGCACGUUUUGGCAACGAAAAAUGGUAUCUCCACUGAGAAGCUAUCAUGA